CUUUGGGUAUUUGCGUACCCAUACAUAUAUAUAAAAGGAUUUGAGAAUCCAAAGCGCAUUUCUUCAGUUUAAUUCACUCACGAUCCAUUGUAUAAAAGUUCGAAUCGCUGUCCACUUCGGUUUAUUCGUUCCAACAUACUGAAAAUUACUACAGGCACAAUAAACAAAAUGUGCACCGUCUGCUAUUUUUGGUUUAUUGCGUGUUCUCUUUUGAUGACAAAUGCCAGUAUUUUAAAUGACUUACAAGAAGCCCAAAAGUUUAUGGAACAGUUGGACUACGAUUAUUCGGCAGUGGUUGCCGAUGCUGCAGCAGCAGCGGCGCAACAGAGGCCCAUCUCCGACCUGUUAUGGUACGACUAUGGCGGAGGCGGUAGCAGCGGUGUUAGCGGUGGUGUGGGGCGGGGAGAAAGCGGUGGCGGUGGAACAAGAGGCGCCAGCUUUUACGGCACCGGAUCUCCGGCCACUGGUGUGGCCACGGCCGCGCUGUUCGGAGCCGACAAGCGGGGCGGCACGACCCAAUCGAGCAACGGUGGCAUAUGGUUUGGGCCGCGAUUGGGCCGCAGGAAACGUCGCGGCGGGUCGCCGUUUGGCGGCGGCGGCGUCGCGCAGUCGGUGGACGGGAAUGCGAUCGCGCCGGCCGCUUCGUCGCUGCAGGAUCCGUUGGCCGCGGGUUCGACGUCGAUGGCGGCAGAGCAGGCCGCCGUCUCAAAUUUAAUCAACAAUAUGCCGUGGGUGCUCGUACCGAUCAUCGAUAAUUCCUUAUACAAUCAGAUUCAAAUGAAGCAGAACGCGAGGAACGGCAGAUCGUCGGAGGAGGACGACGACGACGACGCGGCGUCGCGGUCGCGGCAUACGGCCCGGUCGCCGCCGUACUCGCCACCGUUCUCGCCGCGUCUCGGUCGACAGGCGAUCAUGAACCAGCCUCAGGUGCCCAGGCUUGGCCGCGAAACGUUGCUGUACCGGCGGGACGCCAGAAACGCGUUGUACCAGCAGUCGAACGCGACGCUGCUCAGACAACAGCGACAGCAACAGCAACAACAACAGCUGCAGGCCUCGUCACUGCGAGCGGCCACCGAAUCGGCGGCGGCGCGACAUCAGGCCGUGUAGACGAUUUCCGCGGGCCGCACGACGCGCUGCUUUGAACCGUACGAUGGGACAAGGACGGAACUCGCACGUUCAUUAAAUAAUAUAUUAUAUGAUAAUAUUAUGAUUUAGUGUAGUCAGUAUUUUUCGUAGUCUAAUAAAAACGAUAACGACAGUUAUAA